GAGAGUUUUGUAACCAAUACUUCUUAUAGAAAGUAUAGUUCAAUUCUAUCUAUUCUCUUCUGGGUUUUCAAUAUUCUUUCUGGUAUAUAUUUUCAAUUUCUUGAAACGAAAGAAGGCAUAGAAAGUUAAACGGAAAGAAAGGAGUAAGCAUGAAGAUGGGUGAUAACACUAGCUCAAAGAACAACCAGCUUUCCCACCACCAAGUCUUUGAUGUGUCACUUGAUGUUUUACCUCAACCUGGUUCCGAGUGCUAUGAUGAUGAUGGCCGUCUCAAACGAACCGGUACUAUGUGGACAGCAAGUUCUCACAUAAUAACAGCAGUGAUUGGUUCAGGAGUUCUAUCUUUGGCAUGGGCAACUGCUCAGCUUGGAUGGAUUGCUGGUCCUGCUGUUAUGAUCCUCUUCUCCUUUGUCACUUACUACACUUCUUCUCUUCUCUCUGUUUGUUACCGUUCCGGCGACUCCAUUACCGGAAAAAGGAACUAUACUUACAUGGAUGCUGUUCGAUCCAACCUCGGUGGAGCUAAGGUCAAAAUUUGUGGACUUGUUCAGUACUUGAAUCUUUUUGGAGUUGCCAUUGGUUACACAAUAGCAGCAUCUAUAAGCAUGAUGGCAAUCAAUAGGUCUAACUGUUUCCACAAGAAUGGUCAUGAAAAUCCAUGCCGUAUAAACGGCAAUCCUUAUAUGAUUGCUUUUGGAGCCUUAGAAAUCUUUUUCUCUCAAAUUCCUGAUUUCGAUCAGCUAUGGUGGCUCUCCAUUGUUGCAGCAGUCAUGUCCUUCACUUACUCAACAAUUGGACUUGGUCUAGGAAUUGCUAAAGUUGCAGAAAGUGGAAAAAUCAUGGGAAGUGUAACCGGAGUAAGCGUUGGAAGUAUAACUCAGACACAAAAGAUAUGGAGAAGUUUCCAAUCACUUGGUGACAUGGCUUUUGCCUACUCUUACUCUAUCAUCCUCAUUGAAAUUCAGGACACAGUCAGAUCCCCACCAGCAGAAUACAAGACAAUGAAGAAGGCAACUCUAAUUAGUGUAGCGGUGACAACACUUUUCUACAUGCUCUGUGGCUGCAUGGGCUAUGCUGCUUUCGGUGACCUGUCUCCUGGAAAUCUUCUCACUGGUUUCGGUUUCUACAACCCCUUUUGGCUCGUUGACAUUGCAAAUGCCGCCAUUGUUAUCCACCUUGUUGGUGCAUACCAAGUUUAUUGCCAACCCCUUUUCGCUUUCAUUGAGAAAAAAGCAGCAAAACGGUUCCCGGACAGCGAAUUCAUAACCAAAGAUAUCAAGAUCUCAAUCCCGUUUUCCCGCCCUUACAACCUUAACCGCUUCAGGUUGGUUUGGAGGACACUUUUCGUGAUCAUAACCACCGUGAUUUCGAUGAUCCUACCGUUCUUCAAUGGCGUUGUUGGACUACUUGGGGCUUUGGGAUUUUGGCCUUUGACUGUCUACUUCCCUGUGGAGAUGUACAUUGUGCAAAAGAAAUUGCCAAAAUGGAGCACAAAAUGGCUCUGUCUCCAAAUUCUAAGUGUCGCUUGCCUUAUCAUAUCUAUAGCUGCUGCAGCUGGUUCUGUUGCUGGUAUAAUUGAUGAUCUCAAAUCUUUUAAACCAUUCACAACCAGCGAAUAAUAUGAAAGAGAUUUCAGCAUUGCUGUUCAAGGAAUUGGCCAUUUAGGAUCUCAAUUCUUGUUGAUGUUCAUAACAAGGCUCAAGAAUUGGUGAUGUUAUUGUUGUUGUAGCUUUUGUCUUGGUUAUUUUUCUAGUCUUUGAAAAGAAGUACGAAAGAAAGAAAAUGAGGCCAUGUAUAUAUGUAUGUAUGUGAAACCAAAGACAUGAGUCUCUAUCCAAGUAAUGUUUUAAUUUUUCUC